GACAAGCCCGGUGAUCUGGGUGACAGCGGCCAAACUGGAGGAGACCCAGGGCAACGAGAAGAUGGUGGAGCUGAUUUUGACUCGCGCUAUCGACUCCCUGGCUGCCAACGGCGUGACGCCGGACCGCGACAUGUGGCUGAAGCAAGCGGAGGAGGCCGAGAAAACGGGCUUCAUCAAGACGUGCCAAGCCAUCAUCAAGGUCACCAUCAAGGUAGGAGUUGAUGAGGACGUCAAGGGCAUGAAGCAGAACUGGAUCCAGGAUGCAGAUGCUGCCAUCAACAGAAACUCCAUCGAGGUUGCGCGCGCCAUCUACAACAACGCAGUCAUGCACCUGAAGGGCAAGAAGGGUCUGUGGCUCCGCCUUGCGGAGCUCGAGACGAAGUACGGCAAUGCCGAGUCGCUGGACAACGUGCUGCAGCGAGCUGUGACAUACUGCCCUCAUGCGGAGAUCCUGUGGCUCAUGGCCCCUUGCUCAGUGCAGAGGGAGCAAUGGCGGCGCAUGCGAAGUGCUUGGUUCAGCAUUUUCACCAAGGAAGACUUCAAGCCAAAAAGCAUCAUCCAGCUUUUGUGCAAGCAGACGAAGACCUUGAAGUACGGCCAAGUAGAUCGGGUUCUGGACGGCUCAUCAGCUUUUGUGAAGAUUGCCGAUGGCGUUUUCAUGGUGGUGACUGCGGCAAACACAAUCUGGUCCUUUGUGCCGAAUACGCACAUUGACAAGGCCAAGAAGGCUGUGUCGGCUUGCUGGGACGCAGCAAGGAUCCUGUCACUGACAUCCGUGGAGGGCGUGAAGAUUGUGGUCACUUCCGUGGCCGCGGAAGGGCUUUGUGGUGCAGCUUCCGUCACAAGUGGCCUGGCAACACUUGGUGGAGGUUCUGUGGCCGGUGGUGGUUUGGGCAUGGUGGGGGGAAUCUUCGUCGUAGCCGCGGCACCAUCAGUACUUAGCGCCCAUGCCAUCUACAAUCUUUGCGAUGCAAUGGAGAACAACUCCCUCACGCCAACAGCAGUUGCCAUUGGUGGUGUUGGAGGGGCAGUGGCGGGAUCUACGCUUCUUGACUCUGCCUGGAUUGGUAUCGUGAUGGUGGCUGAAAGUGGUGCUGUGGCAGGCCUCUCUGCUUCAGGAAUCACGAGUGGUCUGGCUGCACUCGGCGGUGGAAGCAUCGCAUCUGGCGGGGCCGGUGUGCUGGGUGGAGUCGCGGCUGUGGCAAGCGGUGCAGCGGUCUAUGCGCAUUUCCAGAACAAAAGGGCCUUGCACUUGUCCGAGGAGGGCUUGAAGGAACAUCCCUCCUUUGCGAAGCUGUGGAUGAUUGGUGGCCAGAUCCACAUGGAGAAGUCCCAGUCUCAACUAACGGAUUUUGCGGACGCUGGUGGCAAGUUCGAUUCUACCUAUCACUCGCAGGGAUUGCUGUUGAAGGCCCUUUACUUUCCGGGCGGCCAGCAGGAAAUGAAGAAACGUGCAGAUCUCUUGUGGCUCAAGGGCGUGGAGGUUUCCGUGGGCGAGUUCCUGGCGCUUCGAAGGAAGUACAUUGAAGAUCUAUCCAUGAAGGCAGAGGAAAGGGAGAUGAAACAACAUUGGAAAGAGGAGAAGCGACUUCAAGUGGAACAGAACAUGGACAAUGCCUACAAACUUGGCGUUGAUGCGCUGAAGAAGUGUGAGAACGACGCGCAUGUGAUCAUUGCAGUGGCAAAGCUCUUCUGGCGAGACGGCAAGAAUGCCAAAGCGCGCAAGUGGUUCAACCGCGCAGUGACGCUGAACCCGCGCUUGGGCGAUGCCUGGGGAGCCUAUUUGGCCUUUGAGCUGGAAAACGGCACCUCCCACGAGCAGCGUGAGGUGAUCCGAAAGUGCGUGGAUGCCGAGCCCAACCAGGGCUUGGAGUGGAACAAGAUCGUGAAGAAGGUGGCAAACUGGCGCGCCAAGUGGGCAGUCAAGCUCAAGCGCUUCGUAGAGGAGGUGUACACCACCGAGUUCAACGCCAAGCCGCUCAAUCGCGAGGUGGAGCUGCUUCUGCAGGGCGAAGAUCCUUAUGCCGCCAUGGCAACUGCUCAAGAGGAGGCUGCUGCGGAGAAGGACGAGCUGGACGUCAAGGACGAGGGCGGUGUCAAACAGGAGUCCUUCGAGCCGGCCACCUCUUUCCAGGGAGCCAAGCCCGGCUGGUGCUUCAAGAUGGGCAUGCGCGGUCUUGGCUACUACCGCGACCCCAAGCAGGACCAAGCCGCCGCCGGCAUCAAGGGAGAAGUCAAGCAGGAGGGCAAAGCGAAGGUCAAGGAGGAGGACGAGAAAAAGUGA